AUGUUCGCUUUCACGUCAUUUGGGGGUAAAAUUCUUAAUUCUAUCAAUGAUGGGAGAGGUCCGCCACAGUUUAUUGUGACUGGACAAAAUUAUCAUAGAAUUGGUAGUUUGCUGCCUAAUGCUGGCGAAAAGCCUAAGUUUGCACAACUGUAUGUUUAUGACACGGCACAUGAGGUUAAUAAUGGGCAAAGUUUUUUUAGUCAUACAUUUGAUAUAGAUACAGAUUUGAUUGUUCGAUUGCUGCAUAUGAUUGAUGAACAUAAUGUUAUUGCAAAGUCAUUUCGAAGAGUUCGAGAAUUCCAUGAGUAUCAUCCUUCAGAAGUUUACUCUCUUAGAUUAUUUUGUCAAAGGAGAUCUGAUCGGAGAGUCUAUAAUUUUCCAUCAUGUGAUGAAAUAGCUGCUUUAAUAGUUGGUGAUUUUGAUAGUUCUGAUCAAGGAAGGGAUAUAAUCCUUCGAUCUGUAGAUGGUCAAUUGAGACGAAUUUAUGAAACUCAUCCUUUAUAUUGGCCGUUGCAAUAUCCUUUACUUUUUCCUUAUGGUGAAGAUGGUUUCGAAGAGAAUAUACCUUAUAGAGGUGUUCAGAAUAUCAAUAUUCGUGGGAGAAGGACAAAAGUUUCAUUGCGUGAGUUCAUAUGUUUUCGUUUGCAGAUGAGAGAGAUAGAAGAAAGUAUUAUUCACAAAUCUAGAAGGUUGUUUGGUCCUGAUCGUGUUACAGCCACAAUUAGCAAUGUUCAUGUUGGGAACCAAAAUACUCGUGUUCUUGAUGAAAUUAAAGAGUUAACUUUUCAUUUGCCAAACCAGCAACAUAUUAUCUUUGAUGAUCGUGACACUAUAAGUUCUAUUCUUGUGAGGAAUAAGGAUUUGGUUACCAUGUUUAUAGCUUGGAUGUUAGCAAAUAGGGUCUAUCCUGAAGGAAAAGAUUUGACGUAUGUUGAGUUCCCACGGCAUUUUGUUUAUGUUGUUGAUAAUAGGGAAUGGAAACCAAGACAAAGAGGAUUUUCAAUCGGUAGAUUGAGUUUUGUUCCCCCAACUGCGGGUGAAUUGUUUUAUAUGCGUUUGUUAUUAAAUGUACAAAGAGGGUGUACUAGCUUUAAGAGCAUUAGAACAGUUAAUGGGACUACUUAUGAUACAUUUCAAGAAGCAUAUUUUGCAUUAGGAUUGUUGACUGAUGAUAAUGAGUUUGUUGAAGCUAUUAAAGAAGCUGCUCUGUUAGGAACAGCGUUAACAGUGACACCUGAGGAGUUACAAACCUUUUGUUUGAUUGAGAUCGAGAAACUUUUGCAAAAUAAUGGCAAAUCUUUGAAAGAUUAUGCUGGGAUGCCGCUACCUAAUGUGGGUCUGAUUUCUACUUUUUCUAAUUCUAUGGUUGUGCGUGAAAUGCAAUAUGAUGUAUCAGAGAUGUUGGCUCAGCAUGAUGAUUAUUUUGCUCAACUUACAGCUGAACAAGAGAGUAUAUACCAUGCCAUUAUUAGUCGUGUUUGCAACAAAGAACAUGGUUUCUUCUUUGUAUAUGGUUUUGGUGGAAUAGGUAAAACUUUUCUCUAUAAAACAUUGUCAACUAAGUUGCAAUCUGAGAGAAAAAUUGUUAUCAAUGUUACUUCUAGUGGUAUUGCUUCUUUGUUGCUGCCGGGUGGAAAAACUGCACAUUCAAUGUUUAAUAUCCCUAUUGAAUUAAAUGAAGAAUCUGUUUGUAGAAUUAGAGUUAAUUCGCAAAAGGCAGAUUUAAUUCGUCAAGCAGAUCUAAUCAUUUGGGAUGAAGCUCCAAUGACAAACAAGUUAGCUUUUGAGGCUGUUGAUAGAACAUUUCGAGAUCUGAUGAAAGUUACUUCUAUUUCUAAUCAAAACUUGCCUUUUGGAGGUAAAGUUAUUGUUUUAGGAGGAGAUUUCAGACAAGUUUUACCCGUUAUACCAAAAGCCUCUCGUGCUGAGAUUGUUAUGGCUUCAAUUAAUUCUUCAUAUUUAUGGAAGCAUUGUGAAGUUUUUAAUUUAACUAGGAAUAUGCGUUUAGAAAGUGCAGCUCAAAAUUCAGACAUGAAUGAAUUAAGAUUAUUCUCAGAGUGGAUUCUUCAAGUUGGAGAAGGUAAAUGUGGUACAAGGAUUGAUGAUAGAGUCUUUGUUAAAAUUGCUUCAGAGUUGUUAAUUCCUAUCACUGAUGAUCCAAUUAUUGAUAUUGUUUCAGUCAUAUAUCCUAAUCUUUCUGAAAAUUUGAAUAAUUCAACAUAUUUUCAAGAUAGGGCUAUUCUCGCUGCAACUAUUGAAAUUGUUGAGGAGAUCAAUGAUCAUAUUGUGAAUUUACUACCAGGUGAGAUGAAAGAGUAUUUGAGUUCAGAUUGUAUAUGUGGUACCGAUGCUAAUGUUGACAUUGAUCUUAAUUGGAUUAAUGUUGAGUUUCUAAAUCAAAUAAAAUGUUCAGGAUUGCCAAAUCAUUCUCUAAAGUUGAAAGUAGGUGCUCCUGUUAUUUUAUUGAGAAACAUUGAUCCAGCAGGUGGUUUAUGUAAUGGAACUCGACUUAUUGUGCAUAGUCUAGGAAGAAAUGUAAUUACUGCAGAUAUUGUUUCUGGAAGUAACGUCGGUGAUAGAGUUUUCAUUUCUCGAAUGAAUUUGAUUCCAAGUGAUUCUGGGUUACCUUUUAAGUUUCAACAUCGGUAG